AUGAUGUGCUUUUGGGGAGAAGAGAUCCGACCGGCGGGGUUCGGUUUGGUGAAGGCUGACAGUGUAAAUCUCACCGAGACUGGAAUCGGCUUCAUUUCUCCCAAAUCCUCAAUCAGAGGGGUGUGUGAGGGGAAAGAUCAGAUAUUAUUUAUUCGUGGGGAAGGAAUCGUAUCAGUUCUGAAACUGAACACCGGGGCAAACUGCAGAUCUGCUAAACUCAAAACUUUAGAGCUGAAGAAGGAGAAGAUCAGACUCAUCAGCUGUGGUGAAGCACAUGCGGUUCUUCUGGCUUAUGGAGGCAAAGUUCUGUUCAUGGAUGAGUCCAACAGCUGCAGGCCUAUCAAAGAGCUCUGCAACAGGACUGUGAUCCAGGUUGCAUGUGGAAACCAGCACUCCAUGGCACUGACCAAUGAUGGUCAGUUGUUUCUGUGGGGUCAGAACACGAAUGGUCAGCUGGGUUUGGGAAAGGAUGAGCCGAAGUCUCUGGCUCCUCAACCACUCAAGUCUUUAUGUGGUAUUCCACUGGCUCAGAUCAGCGCUGGAGGAGAUCACAGCUUUGCCCUGUCUCUCUCCGGGGCUGUGUUUGGCUGGGGCAAGAACAGCACUGGGCAGCUCGGCUUGGGACACACAGAGGACGUGUACAGUCCAACCUGUGUUAGUAGUCUGAGCCACAAGAAAACUGUUUCCAUAUCCUGUGGUGAAGAUCACACUGCUACACUAUCAAAGGGAGGAACUGUUUUCACAUUUGGAGCUGGUCAUUAUGGGCAGCUUGGACAUAACUCCUUCAGAAAUGAACUUCAACCUCGUGUGGUUGCAGAACUCUGGGGUGUAAAAGUGUCCCAAAUAGCCUGUGGAAGGUAUUACACUCUAGCACUAGUUAAAUCAUCAAAAAUGAUCUACUCGUUUGGAUGUGGAGAGCAAGGACAGCUGGGAAACGGACAGAGGACCAAUCAGUGUGUACCAAUUCCAGUCCACCUGCCAUCAGGAAUUAUAUCAAAUGAUGACCACACUGUUGAGAACAUAAGUGCUGGAGGAAAUCAUUCCUUUGUGUUGAGCUCUUCUCAGGAAUCUAAGAAUAGCUCGGAGCCUAACCACAAGGAAGGAAUUGUGAUGUUGGAAGGCCGAAUGAUUGACCGAUGGAUUUCCAACUGUGAUUCAGACCAGUGGACGACAAUCAAAAAUGAAAUAAAGGAUGUGUUCUCAUCCGUGGCAUGUUUAAAUGGCAGUUUCAUUAACACAAGUUGUGAUAGACACUACCAAACAUCCUCACAUUUCUCUGGUCUGGACUUGGACUCUGUAAGAGCUGCUUUUGAGCAGAUAGCACAGAAGGAGAAAGUUUUACAGGAGGUAAAGCAACACAAAUUGUUUGUUACUGUAAUUGAAUUUGACCUUACUGACUGGACAAUAGAUGAUUACUGGACAGCAGAAGAUGAAGGGAUGUUGAAAACUGAGAAGCGUACGAAAUCUCUAGAUUUCCUGAUCUCUAGUCCUUGCAUCUUUAACCUGGAAGCUAAAUGUAGACUUCUAAACAGCAGAGAACUUAAUGCAAUAUUUAAAAUGGAGAUCAGACGCACUUCGCUGCUGGAGGACUGUUUCCAUCGGCUGAGAAUCUCGAACGAGCAAACACUGAAGAAUCAACUGCUGGUGGUGUACUGUGAGAACUUCAAAGAGACUGAAGUCAAUAAAAAGGACUUUUUUUACAAGGCAUGUAAAGAGCUGCUGGCUCCAGAAUCAGAAAUGUUCAUGUACAGCAACGCAGAAUCACUGAUCUGGUUUCCUUCUGAGCCCAGUGUACCAGAAGAAAGAUACUUCCUUCUUGGAAUCCUGUGUGGUCUGGCGUUUUACAACAACAGCGUAGUAAACUUACCAUUUCCUUUAGCUCUGUUUAAGAAACUUCUCGACAUCAAGCCUUCCCUACAGGAUUUUGCUGAGCUGAGCCCGAGAAUUGCACAGAGCUUACAGUACGUACUGAACUAUCCUGAUGACGACGUUGAAAACAUGGACAUGUAUUACACAAUUGAGUGGAACAACAAUGAGGUGGAACUGGAUCCUGAUGAGCCUGGAAAACUUGUCACAAGCUCAAACAGACAGCAGUUUGUGGAUGCCUAUGUGGAUUAUGUGCUUAAUAAAUCAGUGGAGAAAGUGUUUGAAGAAUUCAAGAGGGGCUUCUAUAAAGUGUGUGACCGGGACUUGGUGAAGUUGUUCCGACCAGAGGAGCUCAGGGGGGUGAUGCUGGGCACAGAGGAGUACGACUGGCACACACUUAAACAGAAUGCUACUUAUGAAGGACUGUUCCAUAAGGAUCAUCCAACUAUUGUAUUAUUCUGGGAGCUGUUUGAUGAACUGUCAGAACAGGACAAGAAACUUUUCCUCUUGUUCGUGACAGGCUUUGAUCGAGUGCCACUUCUGGGUAUGACGCAUAUGAGUAUGACGGUGCGACACCUGUAUCACUCCACUCAGGAUCAUCUGCCUCAGGCUCAUACCUGCUGUUCCAUCCUGGAGCUCCCUUUGUACCAAAGCAAGGAGACAUUCAAACAGAAACUUACUGAGGCUCUACAUCACAAGAGAGGCUUCUGGCAUGAAUGAAACCAAAAUCGUAGCCAUGAAUUGCAGGGGAACAAAUCGAUCAGGAGUGGGAGAGGGGUUAUUGGGUUCCGGACAGUCUAAAACAUUCCUGCCAUACAAAAUUUUGCGCAUAUGUUAAUAUUGGGGGUGAUGCCCCUCCAGUAUAUAUUGUAAUAACGGCCUGGAACGGUAUAUUUACAAAAAUAAA